UCCCAUUUCAAGAAUCUGGAAGACCAGAAGUCCUCCACAAAUCUCUCUCUCUCUCUCUCCUUCUCUCUCUCUCUCUCUCUCUCUGAGGAGAGACGAUUGCUAGAAUUGCCGUCUCUGGAAUUUGGAAAACCGACACUGUGGAGAAUUGACGAAAUUGUGACCCUUCUCUGUAAUCGUCGAGUUUUGACUCUUCUCUCUCUCUCUCUCCCUCUCUCUCUCUCUCAAGAGAUCAGAGAGAGGGAGAAAGGUGGGUGGGAACGAUGGAAGGAAAUUUUAAGAGACUUUCAUUGGGUAAUUGUUGGGGUUAACUGAAAGACGGAAGAAAGAGUAAACGAUAAUUUAAUUUUCUGUUCUUUGUUUGAUCGGGAAUCCCAUUCUUCUGUUUCCCCUUAGUGUCUCUCUUCGAAAAGGAGAGAGCGUGUAGCUUGGGAGGGAGAUGGAAGGUAGUGCGGGUGGUAGUCAGGGAGGCUCUCUGCGGAAGAGCUUGACUAGGAAGAAGAUGUCGGAAAAUGGAAGUGGCGACCAAGGAAGGAGAGUAAGUAAUGGUGAGCGGACUGUUAAGCGGCUACGAAUGUCCAAGGCAUUGACAGUUCCUGAUAAUACAACAGUUUAUGAAGCAUGUCGUCGUAUGGCUGCCCGUAGAGUUGAUGCAGUUCUAGUAACAGAUCCGAAUGCUUUGCUGUGUGGGAUACUGACAGAUAAGGAUAUAGCAGUGCGGGUUGUUGCUGCAGAGCUAAAUCCCAAUGAAAUUACAGUUACAAAAGUCAUGACCAGAAACCCAGUAUUUGCUCUUUCAGAUACACUAUCUGUGGAGGCAUUGCAGAAAAUGGUGCAAGGGAAGUUCAGACAUUUGCCUGUCGUUGAGAAUGGUGAAGUGAUUGCGUUGCUCAGCAUUUCGAAGUGCCUAUAUGAUGUUAUUGCACGGAUGGAAAGGGCAGUUGAAAAGGGCAAAGCCAUUGCAGCAGCAAUUGAAGGAGUAGAGAAACAAUGGGGAACCUCCACUUCUGGUUCCAACACUUUCUUGGAUACGCUCAGGGAGAGGAUCUUUAAACCGCCAAUGUCAACAAUAAUUAGUGAGAAAAUGAAGAUAGCUACAGUGUCUCCAACUGACUCUGUGUUAAGUGCUACUAAAAAGAUGACUGAACUCCGAUUGAAUUCAGCAGUUGUUACAGUUGGAAACAAGCCAUGCGGGAUACUAACCUCAAAAGAUAUUCUGAUGAGAGUAAUUGUACAAAAUCUGUCUCCAGAGGCAACCACUGUUGAGAAGGUCAUGACUCCAAAUCCAGAAUGUGCAACGGUCGAUACACCCAUUCUUGAUGCACUCCAUAUCAUGCACGAUGGGAAAUUUUUACACCUUCCGGUCGUAGAUAGGGAUGGGUUUGUUGUUGCUGUCACUGAUGUAAUUCAAAUUACCCAUUCUGCUGUAUCUCAAGUUGGAAAUACUGGAAUGGUUGUGAGUGAUACUACAAACUCUACCAUGCAAAAGUUUUGGGACUCUGCAAUGUCCUUGGGACCUGUGGAUGAUGAAGACGAUUCACAAAGUGAUGCAUCUACAAGGCUGGCAUCUGAAGGAACUGAAACAGGGAAGUCUGGUUAUCUGCCAGGCGUGGGGUCAAGGUUUGGGUUUAAGCUGGAGGACAGAAAGGGCCGGCUGCAUAGGUUUGAUUGUGAUACCACAAGUGUCGCUGAGUUGAUAGCUUGCAUAAUUCAGAGAAUAGGGAAUGACAUCAACAGAAACUCUCUUCCUCAGAUCAUGUAUGAAGAUGAAGAGCAUGACAAAGUCUUGCUUGCUUCAGACAGCGACCUUGCAGCUGCUGUAGAACAUGCUAGGCUAGCAGGCUGGAAGUGGUUGAGGUUGCACUUAGAUUACUGCAAUUCAGAUGGUCACAGUAGGACGAGGCAGUCAAGUCCUGGAGGCUUACAAGUUGCAUGUAAAGAUUCUUGGGGUGCAGCAUACGGUAGGGUUGCUGCUGGUGCAGCACUUGUUGCUGGACUUGUUGUCUUGGCAUACUUGAGAAGAACUGAUUCCUGAGAAAGCAUUCUGUUACCAGUUUCUCAUUCAGAGAGGAGCUAACAAGAUCUAUCUGCCAAAAAGCUAGCUAAAUUAUUCAUUCCAAAUCUGCAUCUGUAUGGCGAAUCUUCACCUGAAAUGUUCCAUGUAGUUGAAUCAGGCAACACAUCUUGCUGUUGAGGAAUUCGCAAAAUCGUGCAGGGGAAGAUGCUGCUUAUUCAUUUGGUGUGCAUUAAGCUAAAAGUUUGAAUCACACAAGCAUGACUUUUUCCUUUAUUGGUGUGCUUACAAUGAAAAUUUUAAGGAACUUUGUGAUGAUUAUUCCCAUCAAUCUAAUUGGUCAUGUCUAUGAUGUGAUGGUAGUAUUUGAUGUAUGCACUUCCUAAUAAUUCAUGUGUAUGAUAAUUGUUUUGUCCUG